AUGGCUGGACGUGUCCGGCAGCCAAUUGAUGUAGCGGCGUUGGAAAAGUAUGUUCAGCAAAAUGUUCCAGAGAUCAAGACGCCGCUGGAGGUGAAGCAAUUUGGGUUUGGACAAUCCAAUCCCACGUACCAGCUCACAUCCACGUCGACCGGCGAACGCUACGUGAUGCGCAAGAAGCCGCCAGGCAAGCUUCUCUCGAAAACGGCACACCAGGUGGAGCGCGAGUACCGCAUCAUUGCCGCCUUGGGACCGACGGACGUGCCAGUGCCCAAGGCGUACUGUCUGUGUGAAGAUGCUUCAGUUAUUGGAACAGCAUUCUACAUCAUGGAGUUUCUGGAUGGGCGGAUAUUUGAAGAUCAUGCCAUGCCGGGCGUGUCCGCGGAUGAGAGAACAGAACUCUGGAAGGAUGCAGUCCGAACGCUGGCAAAGUUCCACCGCCUGGAUUUCAAGAAACUUGGACUUGGAAACUAUGGCAAGAAUAGCGGCUUCUAUGAUCGCCAAUUGGCGACAUGGAUACGGACAUGUAGCGCUCAAGAGAAGGCAGUGGAUGCAGACACCAAGGAACCCGUGGGCAAGAUUCCCCAUUUCGACGGGCUAGUCGACUUCUUCUCCAACCAGAAACUCCAACCCCAAGACCGGGCGACGCUCGUGCACGGCGACUACAAGAUUGACAACAUGGUGUUUCACAAGACGGAGCCGCGCGUCAUUGGCAUCCUCGACUGGGAGAUGAGCACCGUCGGCCACCCGCUCUCCGACGUUGUCAACCUGACCUACCCGUACUUUUCCACCGAGGUCAGCCCCUUGUCUAACAAGGCCUUUUUGUCCGGCGCCACGCCCGGUCUUCCCGCCGCCGAUGCUGUGCUGGCCUGGUACUCUGAAGUCGCCGGCUGGGACCCGCGUCCCGAGAUGGACUGGGCGAUUGCCUUUGGUGCGUUUCGUUCAGCAGCUAUCCUGCAGGGCAUCGCCGGACGCGUGGCACAGAGGCAGGCAACAAAUGAACAGGCAAAGCAAUACGCCGAUGCUUUCAAGCCUUCGGGUGAGAGGGCGUGGGAAUUGGUUGAAAAGCAGAAAGCAAAGAUCAGAUCGGAACCGAAACUCUAG